AUGUACCGUAAUGGUGGAGAAGAUAAACGUUUAGCUUGUCAAGAACUUUUAACAAAAAUACAAAAAUCACUUUCGGAAUUGACUGUUAAUGCACCCAAUUAUGAUACUCUUGUAUUUUUCAAAAUGGCAUCAAGAAUAUAUCGUGAAAAAUUAGAAAAAAAAUUGAAUUUUCCCGAGAAAUUGUCAUUAUUACGAAAAAUAACAAAGGAUGAAUCACGAUGUCAGGAAUUGAUUCAAGCUCAUCAUGAAUUUGAAAAGGCAAUCUUCCAGGAUUCAUCGACUUACCAUCCAAUUGAUGCUCGAUGGGGUCAUGCUUCAACAUUGAUAGAUAAUACUUUAUAUGUUUAUGGAGGAAAUGUGGGAGCGACACAAAAAGUUGGUCGGAAAACAAAUCAACUUUUACUUCUUGAUAUGAAAAAAUCUUUUCCCAUAACAAAUCCUUCUUGGAUAAUAAGUAAUGAUGAUGGGCCAAAAGUUGCAUAUCAUGCAAUUUCAUUUGGCGGCGAGAAUAAUCGAAUAUUAGUUCUUUAUGGUGGCGAAUCACCAGACACAUCACCACCCGCCAAUUCGUUGUUUUAUUACGACACGGUAAAUAAAUCAUGGUCAAGUCCUGCGAUAGCGGUCGCGUCAAGGAGGAUAGAACAUACUAUCCAGACUAGGGUCAAUGAUUCGAUGGUUUAUGUUUUUGGUGGGGCACCUGCAAUAGAUCCAGAUGUUACAAGCCAAGUUCAAUACCAAGAUUUGUAUUAUUUGGACAGCAUAAAGAAUAUAUGGAGUACAACAAAUUUACAACUAAAUACACCAUUUGGUAGAUUUCAUCAUACUGCUACUCUUCUUUCAGAUGGGAAAAUGUAUGUUAUUGGAGGUUACUCUGGUAAUUCAUUAGUGGAUAUGAGUGAUAUUUAUGUUUUUGAUACUAUAAUGUCUCAAUGGAAUAGAACGGUUGCAGGUGGAACUAUACCAACUCCUCGUAGAGAACAUGUAGCUGCAGGAACCGAUGAUGGAAGGAUUAUAAUACAUGGCGGUGUCGAUAUAAAUUUUACAAUAUUGUAUGAUGAUAUUGCAGUAUUGGAUACAACGCAAACACCAAUAACGUGGAUUAACGUAACUGUCCAGGGUAAAUCACCACCAGGAAGAUAUGCACAUUCUGCAAAUAUCGCUGGGUCCAACAUGAUGAUUAUUUUUGGUUAUAUGGCAAAUGAACUUGGUGAUAAUAAUAUAUAUGUUUUAGAUACUAAAUCAUAUAAAUGGCUUGAUACCUAUACACCAAACCUUCCACCUACGCCUACUGAAUCUGCUACUGCACCACCAAAUAAGACCGGCAUAGUAGUUGGUGCUUCAAUAGCAGGAGUAUUUGUUGGAUCAUUAAUUUUCGGGUUGAUGUUUUACUUUUAUCGUAAACGAAAAAAUCACGAUUACGUUGGAUCACAUUAUGCAGCACAGACAUCUAAUCCAAUACCCCCUCAAAUGAAUCCAUCGGGGAAUAAUAGUCAUGGCAAUCUGGCGCCAAAUCCUGUACAUGAUAAAGAUUAUUCAGAAAAUUUGGAAAAGCAAAUGAUGGGCAUUGAUGUUCAACAUACUAAUAUGCAAAAAUCUUUGCUUACGUUUGAACAAACUCCAUGCGCCAACCCAUACAAUCUUACCAACCCAACACAUCCUUAUCACAAUAGACAAUCCUCGUCAAGAUCUUUACACAGAUCAUCAAAUUAUCCAAUAGUUCCCAACAUUCCAACAACCUAUUCUUACACACAUACGCCACCUCAUUCUGAAGUUUACUCAUCUGUAUACAAUCAUUUUUCACAAUCACAUUCUGUGGCUAUUUUCCCGGAAGGAACUUCACAUGAUAACGCGCACAUGUUAUCUUUAAAAUAUGGAUGUGCUGUUAUGAGUUUGGGUUACCUAUCAUCCACAGAACCCGAUGCCA